AUGUUUCAUGUUUGGGAAAAAAACAUGGCAGCGCCCACGACUGAAGUGCAGAUUGUUCCGGCAAAAAAGCCCACAGUCCGAGGACCACGGCGGGUAGCCAAUCAAAUUCCAGACGAAAUCCUGCAAGACCCUGAGUUACAGGAGGCGAUCAAAGCCUUGCCUGCAAAUUACAACUUUGAGAUCCACAAGACGAUUUGGCGAGUGAGACAAGCGAAAGCUACGAGAGUGGCUCUGCAGCUUCCAGAGGGCCUCCAGAUGUUUGCCUGUGUCAUCGCUGACAUCAUUGAGAGGUUCACGGAGGCAGAUACCAUUGUGAUGGGGGACGUGACAUACGGGGCCUGCUGCGUGGACGACUUCACCGCUCGAGCCCUAGGAGCGGAUUUCAUGGUGCACUACGGCCACAGUUGUCUCAUCCCCAUUGACUCCAUGGCAGGUAUUAAGAUGCUGUAUGUGUUUGUGGACAUCCAGAUGGACAACGCACACUUCCUGGACACGGUCAAGUUCAACUUCCCUCCUGCACAAUCUCUGGCACUCGUCAGCACUAUUCAGUUUGUGGCAGCACUGCAGGGUGUGAGUGCAGCCCUCAAGCCGGAGUAUGACGUGCUGGUACCACAGUGUCGACCUCUGUCACCAGGAGAAAUUUUGGGCUGCACCUCACCUCGCUUGGACCGCCAUGUAAAUGCCAUAAUUUAUCUGGGAGAUGGAAGAUUUCACCUGGAGUCAAUCAUGAUCGCAAACCCAGACAUCCCUGCUUACAGAUAUGACCCCUACAGUAAGGUCUUCUCCAGGGAGUACUAUGACCACGAAGCCAUGCGUGCAUUGAGGCUCCAGGCUAUUGACAAGGCUCGAUCGGCCCAGAGAUGGGGCCUGAUCAUGGGCACGCUGGGCCGGCAGGGCAGCCCCAAAGUCAUGGAGCACCUGGAGUCAAGGCUCCAUUCAUUGGGCAAGUCCUUCACUCGAGUGCUUCUGUCUGAGAUUUUCCCAGGCAAGCUGGAUCUGAUGCAGGAAGUAGAUGCGUGGAUCCAGAUCGCUUGUCCACGCCUUUCUAUCGAUUGGGGCACAGCCUUCUCCAAGCCCCUGCUGUCUCCAUAUGAGGCAGCUGUAGCUCUACAGGAGGUUGACUGGAAGGAAGUCUACCCCAUGGACUUCUACUCCAAUCAGAGCCUGGGACCGUGGGCGCCCAACCACCCUGACAACCAACCUGUGCGGCCCACGCGCAGACAGACUCGGAAACCAGGCUCGGAGCCAGCCCUUCCUACCAAGCAGUGUGCGCAGAACCAGUGCGCCCCCUGUGGCUGUCAAGGGGAAUGAUACAUCGUGUCCAGCUCAGUCUUUGACUCGCCUCGUGCCUGCCAGUGCUUCUGCCUCUGCUAGUAGCUGGAGGGAGGUCAGGCCAGAAGAGGAGAGAGCGGGUAUUUGUCCAGACAGUCUAUCAGUGAGCAGAGCUAAAGCCAGAGGAGCCCUUCAGCCGCUCCUCAAAUGGAUUACCAGCCAUAAAUAAUCCCUCAUUUUACAGAACAGCAGAUCAAACCAAAUUAAUUUUCUCUUAUUCACGUUUUUGGCAUGUGCUCAGAGCUCACAAUGCAAGCAACCGAGAGAAAAGCUUGUGUGUCUGAGGUCAUGCAUGUUUAUGCGAGUCACAUUGCCAUGAAGGAGCCGCUCUCUGCUGUGUGCUAAGACAGAAAUUCUUCCUGCACAGAAACGUGUGGGCAUUUCUGCAAUGCACACGCGGCUUUUGUGAUGGAGAGAACACGUGAGGUGACCUUGAGUAUGUUAAAUAGAAUGAAAGUGUUAAUGUGGGGGGGGGGAUCUAGCCAAACGCAGUCAGCCUGUCCUUGGGUACAGCAUUGUAUGUCUCCCUUCAUGCUAUGCUUCCAGUCAUAGAUAUAUUGUAUGAUGAACUUUAGUUUGGUGUGCAGUCAAACUCUGAAACAAUAAAUCUGAAAUGGAA